AUGCCCUUCGUCCUCCGUGCGCGUCGCGGGGGGUCCUCCCAACGCGUCGGCACUCGCGACCGUGUUCUCUGGAAGCUAGGUCGUCGUUUCUACAUUAAAUGCUCUAAAAUGGCCCUGGAAAAUCAAAGUUCAACAGAUAAAAAAGAAUGGUCAGAUCUCUCUCAAGAUCCAACUGAUCCGCUUACCCGUAACAACAAUAAUAAUAAUAACGACAAUUGUGAUUAUGCUAAAGAUUAUGAAACACCAUCUACAAUUAUUCUACCAAAAGCUACAACUAGCACUACUAGCAACUUCAGUACCAUUUUACCAUCUGAAAAUAGUUCUUGUUCUACCGAUACUGAAGAUGCAUUUUUUAUAGAACAUGAUCAGAUACCUACUAACGGACUUGGAUAUAAUAAAGAUCAAUCCAAAUUAUUAGAAACUUCAAAUGAAUGUAUUAAAAAUAAUAAUUCCAACGACAAAUAUAAUUCUUACAACAAAUUGAUUGUUUCUAAACAAACUCCUUUUGAUAUUGAAAAUGUUCUUGACUCUGAAUGUAGUCAAAAUUCAACACCAGUGCUAUCUGUAGACGAAGUCGCAAUACCAGAAUCUAACGCGCCAAUUUCAAAUGAAAAUGCUGUUGAAAAUCUUAAUCCAAACGCACAAAUGCAACGCGAUUCACGUAUAGAAUUAAUUUUACCACCUAAAAAACGUCCAAGAGACCCUUCAAUGUUCACAGACAACACAGUUAAAAAACAAAAGGUAUCGAAUUUAGGGCAAGAGGGUAGAAAAAGAAUAAACCAAAAUCUGAAGGGAAAAUAUAUAAACCCACCUUGCAAAUGUGUUUAUAAAUGUUACAGUAAAAUAGAUUAUAACGAACGUUUGGAUAUAUCUCAGAAAUUUUGGGAACUAGAAGAUAAACAAAAACAAUUGGAUUUUCUACUAAGCCACACAGAUAAAUUUAAAAAGAACAGUAGUAAAAAUCGAAAUGUAACAAAUAAUCGUCUUUUUACAUUUAAAUACAAAUUGCCUAUUCUUUCAAAGGAUAUAGAAGUUACAGUUUGUAAGAAAAUGUUUUUAAAUACUCUUAUGAUAAAUGAUAAGCUUGUUAGAAUAGCUUGGGAUAAUUUUGAAAAUGGCAAAGAGUUUGUGCAAUCUAAAAGAGGCCGUCGCAAAAUACAUAAGAAAGUUAUUGUUAAAACAAUGGUAAAAAGUGUGCGUGACCAUGUGAAUUCUUUCAUUCCUGUUGGUUCACAGUACCUAGGAGAGAAUAUUAAUAAAUUAUAUUUAGACGGAUCACUCAACAUUUCUCGUAUGUUUCGUUUAUAUAAUGAAUGGCUAGAUCCAAAUAAAUAUAUUCGUAGAGCUAAAACUGAGAAACAAUAUAGAGAUUUAGUGAAAAAGAAUCUUGACUUAGGUUUUUAUAUUUCUAACAAUAACCAAUAUAACCAAACAGAUUUUCUUAUCCAAAAUAACAACAGUUCGACUGUUACCGAAAACAAAAGCUGGAAUCCUAAAGACUUGUGUAAUGGUGAUGAAAGAAGUAACGCGCAUACUUAUGAUGCUCCAUUAGUACCUUGUCUUACAGAUUGUAAAGAACACUUUUGCAGAGAUCAUGAGCAGCCGUCUAUUGAGGAAAAUCAAUAUGAUACAGAUAUAAAUUUAAAAUCUUUUAAUAAUUACUCAGAAUAUCACAAUCAUAGUCUGACAUCAGGUGAUAUUAAAUGUAACUGUCUCAAAACGGUAAAACCACCAUUAAAGGAUAACUAUUUAAAUAACCUUGAACAACUCAACUCUGAAGUUAGAUCAGUAUCAACAUCACCGCUGUUUACAUCAACUACAAUAACAACAGAAGCACAAAAUGUAGCUAAUAUACCUUUACCACCUGCAGAAUUGCAAGAAAAUAUCAAUCAAACGUCCAAUUUGUCAUUAUUACUACGUAGAAAAUUAAAAAAAUCAAGUCAAAAACAUUUAAUAAAACGGUACAACAUCAUUCUUGGUGAUUCUAUUGGGCGACCAUGCACAUGUGUUCAUAAAUGUUCUGACAAGUUAAAUGAUAAUGAACGAAAUAAAAUAUAUCAGAAAUUCCGAGAUCUAGGGGAUAAACAAAAACAAUUUGAUUACAUAAUUGCUUUUACAGAGAAAUAUAAAAAGAAACGAUGUGUAAGUCGUAACACAAUAAGCCAUCGUAACUUUACAUUUAAAUAUAAGUUACCUACCUCCAAGGGUACAACAGUUAAUGUUUGUAAAAGAAUGUUUUUGAAUACACUUGUGGUAAGUGACAACACAGUAAAAACAGCUUGGGAAAAGUAUGAAGAAGACUUAAAAGAUGUAACACCAGAUACAAAGGUUCAUCCGAAAAAUAUGCGUACGGUUAUUAAAACUAUGGUUAAAAGCGUGCGUGAUCAUGUAAACUCAUUCAUUCCUGUUGAAACGCAUUUCUUAGGAAGAAAAAGCAACAAGUUGUAUUUGGAUGGAUCACUGGACAUUCCACGAAUGUUUAAAUUAUAUAAUGAAUGGUUAGAUCCUAACAAAUAUGCUCGUAGAGUUAAAACUCAAAGAAAGUAUAGAGAAAUAGUCAGUAAAAACUUUAAUUUGGGUUUCUAUAUUACAAAAAAAGAUGAAUGUGACCAGUGUCAAACCUUUCGUAAAUUAAGUAUACCUAGCGAUGAGCAAACAGCAAGACAUAUAAUCCACACUCAAAACAUAGUAACUGCUCAUAAUAAAAAGAACCAAGAUAAAUUAGAGGCAAGUGUUUCAAAUGGUAAGAUAAUAUCUGCUAUUUUUGACAUUGAGAAGUUACUACCUUGCCCCCAUGGACAAGAGUCUAUUUUUAACAAUAAGAGAAAGCUGCUCUGCUUCAAUUUACCCAUACUUGAUAUGAGUUCUAAACGUCCAGUCUGCUAUAUGUGGGACGAAUGUGUCGCUAAGAAUGGAGCUAAUGAAGUAAGUAGCUGUUUUUUUGAUUUUUUAAAUGCAAAUAUUGAAAAGGGCGUGGAAGAAUUCAGAUUUUGGUCUGAGAAUGACGAAAGUAGGAAUCACGUCAUAUUUUACGUUUACAUCACUGUUGCUUUGACAAGUAAGGUAAAUAUUUAUCACAAUUUUCAUGUUAAAGACCAUGUUCAAAGUGAAGUUACUAGCGUCCACUCUGUGAUUGAAAAAGUUUCAUCCACUAAACAUAUAUUUACACCUGAAGAAUGGAAGGUACUUGUGAAAUGGGCUAGGACAAAUUGCCAAGAGCCUUAUAAAGUUAUUGAUAUGACACAAAAUGAUUUUUAUGAUUUUCAAAGCCACGUGAAUGAUCUGGAAUGGCACAAAGAUAUCGAAGGUAAAACUGUUUUAUGGAAUGAAGUCAGAGAAGUAUUUAUCUCAAGUGACGAUCCUUCUAAAAUUAAAUUUAGAUACGACUUUAACCAAGAAUAUGAAAUAAUUGAUACAAGAAUACGUUCUGAAUCUCUUGAAAUAUCGAGGGCUUAUAAUAAGAUGUUGCCAUUAUGUGAUGCAAAGUAUAGAGAUUUAAUGUUUUUAUGUGAUAGCGGUAACAUUCCUGAGAAAUAUGUAAGAUUUUAUAAAAAAUUGCCUCAUAACAGUGAAAAU